GAAUAAACUGUUUAGCUGCCUAUAAGUCAGCAGUUAGCGGCUCGGGUUCUUCAGUCUUGUGUGAUCUGUGACAAUAUCAACAAGUUAUAUAGAUAUUAUUUAAUGCAAAAAUGUUAUAUAAAAAGAUUUGCACUUUAUUCUUAGUCCAUGUAUUUGUGCUAAAUUGUGCUAAUGUGAAAAAUGUGAUAUCCAGUCAGCAAUCACAGCUCGACGAGAUUAGAGCACAACUGAGUCUUCAGACCCAACUGCAAGCCGAGAUGAUAAAUAAUCUAUAUGAGUUGAAUAGACAAUUGGCUUUGUUGCCAACCUUGGUGUCUACUCCCAGCAACUGUGAGACGGCGGCUUUGGGUACUCGUAGUGGCAUUCAUCAGAUCCUCGUUCCCGGUUACAGUCGGCACUGGUUUGACGUUAGUUGUGACGAGGACACACAGGGCGGGGGCUGGACAACGGUGUUGAAUCGUCAAGAUGGCACUGUGGACUUCUAUCUCUUCUGGAAUGACUACAAAAACGGCUUUGGCAAUUUAAAUGGGGAGUUCUUCAUAGGACUCGAGAUACUACAUUUCAUGACCAAAGCUGGGGAUCAAGAAUUACUCAUAAUCAUGGAGAAUGAUAAAGCAGAAAAAAGGUUUGCAAAGUACGAUCGAUUUAUAAUCGGAGGUGAAAAGGAAGCGUACAAGCUGAUCAAGUUGGGCAAAUACUCCGGAAAUGCAGGCGAUUCCUUGCAAAGUCAUGUGGGUCAAAAGUUCACCACACGGGAUUAUGACAACGAUAAAUAUAAAGGCAACUGUGCUCAAAACUAUACGGGCGCAUGGUGGUACAACAAUUGCCUUGACAGCAAUCUGAUGGGAAGAUAUAAUGAUAACAAUUAUGGCAAAGGCAUUAUUUGGUACUCCUUUACGGGAAACAGAACCUCACUAAAACGGGCCCAGAUGAUGAUAAGGCCGAGAAGGGAUGGAUCAAGUAGCUGAAUACCUUUGAGUAUAUAUUUUUGUUUUGGUUAAUCUACACAAAGAGAAAGUACAUUUCAAUCAAUAAUAUAUUCUCGAUUCCAGUAUCAAAA